CAACUGCCGAUAAACCCCACCGAAGAAGGAGAAUUCGUGUCUCUUUCUUUUGUAACAUCUCUGGAGUGGUCAAGCUACGGUUUCUCUGACAGCAAUAUUGGAUAAGGAUCAACAGAAUAAAGCCUGAAAAAUAUUUGACGUAAUUUAAAAUGUGGAACUAUAUAAUUAUUGACCUCAUAUUUAUUAUGUAGGACACUAUAUAUGUUUUUAGCACAUGUAUUGGGUUCUUACUAGUGAAUAAAAUAAUUGUAACAUAAUUUACACCAAGGCAAAUUUGUUACCAUCUUUUUAUGUUGGUUUUGCAAUUGAAAUGCUAAAGCCAGAGAUACUGUUUGUGUCCGUCCUGACAAUGGGAGUAGUCUGCUAGUUAUCGGUUAGUUUACCCGUGUGGAUAGAUUUUGACAGGAGGGGACCCUCUGGCGCCGCCUCUUCCUCUCUGGGAUUUCUACGCAGUCGUCUAUAGGCAGCAGCAAUGGAGUCCAUCAAGAAAACUAUCAAGAAUGAACCUGGAAACUGACAGGCCUAACCUGAAGGUAAACGGUUACAACCUGCUCCCACGUCACAUCUGCCGUGGUUAGGAAACCUCACUGUGUGAUAUUCCAUCUAGCCCUGUGGCCAACUGAUUGAGCUUGGUGUGAUUUCGCUUCCCCCUCGCAGACAAUGUACUGCCUUCAGUGGUUGCUCCCAGUCCUCCUCAUCCCGAAACCCCUGAAUCCGGCCUUAUGGUUCAAUCACUCAAUGUUCAUGGGCUUCUACCUGCUCAGCUUCCUUCUGGAGAGGAAGCCAUGUACCAUUUGUGCCUUAGUGUUCCUGGCAGCCCUGUUUCUCAUCUGCUACAGCUGCUGGGGAAACUGUUUUCUGUACCACUGCCAUGACUCCACACUGCCAGACUCUGCACACGACCCCAGCAUUGUGGGUAACUAAGAGGAUCCCACUGACACUAGGAGCACAUGGACCCUGGACAAUCUCUGUCUAGGCUGUGAAUAAAAUCCCCCAGUUGACUGUCGAGAUGCUGAGAAACCUAGACAGUGUCCCGAUUCUCAUCCCCUCUGCCCUUAGUGUACACUUGUUCACUUCCCUUCAUGGAUUUCAAAGGAAUUGACUGUUGCAAAAAAUAGGGUGGUAAUUCCCUCUCCCACAAUUACACCAAUCCAGUGCAUUUAAAUGCAUGGGGAGGAGUGCAUAUGUAAACUUUCCAGAAAAUGGCCUAUCCUGCCCAUCUCCCUCCUCACUACUGCCCUCCACCCCUGCCUUUAUCCCCUGGUCUUGAGUGAACGUCCACUACCCUGGACUCAGAUUUGCAAUGGUUGCCUUUAUAGUUUUCAUAUGUCGUGUUAAUACAUCAAUUUUAAUUACAGAAUGCUGAAAGUUUCCAAAGGGUAGAAAUUGUGUGUGUGUUAGUCAGCAUUUUCACAAGUCAUACUAUCAGUAUGUUAAGGUAGCAGGAAGGUGAACAUGAAUAUUCUGCGUCCUUGUUGAGCUUUAUUGACGUCAAGAGCAGAAGAGUGAUGUGAACCAUUUUCAUGUCACUUCCCCUGCAGAGCUCAAAUGUUACCACAGCUUUUAAUUUAUUAAAGUUCAACGUCUGAAGGCGUUAUCACUGACCAUGA